AGUUGAAGGAAGAAAAACAAGUUGUGUACAACUGUAACCUUCCCUAUUUAGGUUUACAUUUUAUGUGUACUUCUCUGAAUUCAAUGUAUAUUUUUAUUUAUUUAUGAAUUGUUAACCCUUUCAAAUAUUUAUUUGACCCUUUGGUCAUUAUGUCAACGGUAUGUUUAACCAAUAAAUUGAGUUUAAUUGGUAAAGCCGUAAGACAUGUUAAUAGGUUAAAGUGUGAUAAAAAGUUUCUGAGAAUCAUCAGCUGUUCACCUUGUAUUUUAUGUGAAAAAAUUCAAUAUUGUAAUUUUAGUGAUUAUAAAAAAGAUGAUUCAUCAAAAAAAGAUAAGUUAUCAUUGCCCAACUCAUCAGAUACACCAACUUCAUCUUCAGCAAGUAACAUAACAAAAUUAUCUGAGAAAAAAUCAUCAGAAUCAUCAGAGGAAACCAAAGAUGAGAAGACAAAUUUCGCCCAAGAGUCAGUUAUAAAAGUUGUACAUAGAUCAAAGGAACGUAAAAAAUUGGAUCUAACUCAAGCAACAACAGAACGAAAUUUUGUAACACCAGUUAGAGCCAUGAAUGAUUAUUUAUUGAAACCAUCGGAUUUGCAAGAUUUGAGGAAAUUUAUCCGUCGAAGUCCAUUUGAUGAUACGCCACCGAUAACAGUUUAUUUGAGACGUGAUGUUGAAGCUCGAGCUCUACAAGUUUGGGGCAGUUUUGAGGUUCUUGAAAAGGAAAGAAAAAAACGUAAACAAAUCGAAGCUGAUGCUAGAGAAUCGAUUUUAAAUGUCAAACGUAUUCUUAAAGAUUAUCGUCGACUUAAUGAUCCAGUAGCAAUUGAACGCGAUAUUAGUUUACGUGAAAGUGGACAUGUUGUUUGGACAGCAGUUGUAAUAAAUUCAAUGAAUUUUCUGUUAAAAUCAAUGGCUUGGUUUCAUACAGGAUCACAUUCGCUUUUUGCUGAAGCAAUUCAUUCCCUAGCUGAUACAAUUAAUCAGCUGAUACUUUACUUUGGUAUACGUAAAUCAAUUCAACGGCCUAAUGCUGAACAUCCAUACGGCUAUCAUUCAGCGCAAUAUAUUGCAUCAUUAAUUUCCGGUGUUGGUAUAUUUUGUGUCGGUAGCGGUCUUUCAUUUUAUCAUGGGAUGCAAGGAAUACUUCACCCAGAGAGUUUUCAGUCAUUCUAUUGGGCAUAUGUUAUCCUUGCUGGUUCACUUAUUUCUGAAGGAGGAACUCUUACGGUAGCCCUCAAAGGACUUUAUAAAGGAGCCAAAAGAGCUGGAACAACUAUGAAAGAAUACAUUCUAAGAAGUCAAGAUCCAAGCAUAAAUGUUGUACUAUUGGAAGAUACCGCUGCUGUUUUAGGUGUUGGUAUUGCUGCAACUAUGAUGGGCUUAACUGCAUAUACUGGGAAUCCUCUUUAUGAUGCUGCUGGGUCUCUUCUAGUCAGUGGACUGCUUGCUUCAGUUGCUUCAUUUAUUAUUUACACCAAUAGUGGGGCAUUAGUUGGUCGAUCUAUUCCCGUUUAUAAAUUAGAUGAUAUAAACAAAUUGAUGGAAAAUGAUGUUAUGAUUCGAGCGAUUCAUGAUGUUAAAGCAACUGAUUUGGGCAAUGGAAUGGUUCGUUAUAAAGCAGAAGUAGAUAUCGAUGGCCGACAACUCACUCGACACUAUUUAGAUGCAAUUGAUUUGGAGGUGGUACUUCAAGAAAUGAAAGAGCUGAAAACCAUUGAUGAAGUUGAAACAUUUUUCCUUAAACAUGGUGAAAACAUCGUCGACCUUCUUGGAGCUGAAAUAGACAGAGUCGAAAAAGAGCUUAAGAAAAAACACCCUCAACUUCGACACGUUGAUCUGGAAGUCCUGUAAAUAUUAGGAUUUGAAUCGGAAAUUCCAAAAAAGAGAUUGUGGGAAAAUUAUGGUUUAAAAAUAGCCUCAUAAUUUAAUUUUUAUGUUUUAUCAGAAUUAUCAGCUUUGAAUCAAAAAUUUAAAUCCAAAAUAAAUCUUUGCUAUAACCAAA